AUGGCGGGUUGUGGCCACGAACACCAUGAACACGAACAUGACCAUUCUGAAUCGGAGAGAGGCGCCCAGUUUUAUCUUUUCCAGAAAAUCGACCUGAUAAAGCUUCAGUGCCUCAAUGAGGCUCAAGAAGGCUCGGCUAAAAACGUUUUUAAACCGUGGGACGAACGUCUCGAUACGACGAAGUUUGUGGAAAGCGAUGUGGACGAAGAACUUCUGUUUAACAUUCCUUUUGUUGGUCAAGUUAAACUCAAAGGCAUCGUGGUCAUAGGUGGAGAAAAUGGCGACCAUCCAUCAGAGAUGAUGCUUUACAAAAAUCGUCCAUUUAUGACGUUUGACGACGCGAGAGGGGAACCAGAUCAAAAGUUCGACCUGAAUGAAGAUCAUGAUGGAAGUCUGGAAUACACCCCCAAGGUGGCGCGAUUUUCAAAUGUAGAACAUCUCUCCAUUUAUUUUCCUCGUAACUUUGGAGCUGAAACUAGUAAAGUUUAUUUUAUCGGCUUGAAAGGUGAUUUUCAAGAGGCGCAUCGCCAUGGCGUGACAAUUUGCACGUACGAAGCGAAACCCAAUCCAGCUGAUCACAAAACUGGAACAUUUGACAGUGUACAUCAUCCAGUCAGUUAG